UGGUCCCGAGCGCGUGCCCGGUGCGCGGUCCCGAGCGCGGAGGGACGAGGCCUCCAUCCCUUUAGUUGCUUUUCUUUUACCGCACACUCCCACGUAUUUACCGUCGCCAUAACCCCGUCCCACCCUUACUAACAGCCCGCUGGUGACCGUUUUAACUUUUAUUUCUGGAUUAAUACCAAAGUAAAACUCCCUUUUCUCUCCAUUGUAUCUGGUAACAGCUGAUCCGCUGUGAGACCGUCCAUUCGUGUCAGUCUGAGCUGAUGCAUGUAGCUUUAUUUAAGCGGAGCUUGUCGUCGGUAACCGUGUGUAUCUUGGCGGAAGGAGGACUUUAUUAGUCCGGGUUGAGGCUGGUUUCUCCGGCGGAGCAGGCCGCUCCUUCGGCUUGUUUUUCCUCUUCUGGUUUUCCUCUGGAAGUCAUGGGGGACACGAGUGAACGGAGCAAAGCCUCGACUCUGACUCCCCGGUGCCCGUGUGGAUUUUGGGGGUCCAGUGAGACCAUGAACCUAUGCUCCAAAUGUUUUGAAGAUGUCCAGAAGAAGCAGCCAGUGGAUGACUGCACAUCCAAGCCAAUCCAAAGCAGCGGGAGUAGCCAAUCAGCUGUUUUCAGUAGCGAGACGAGCAGUAGCAGUAGCCAAUCCCUGUCGUUGUCCCUGCCCUCUCACUCGGAGCAGCCGUCAGGGGAAGAGCCCGUGUCCAUGUUUUCCACCAACAUGAGGGAAGGCACGUCGUCGACAGAAACCGCCCAGGGCACACUCUGCACACCCACCAAACGUCCACGAGAAACCGCCUCCAGCCCCGAGAGCGAGGCCACCUCGGAGAAGCGGCUGCGGACAGAAGACAAGGAGGGGAGCAGCCAAGAAGCCCACAGGGCGCCCAGGCAGAAGAACCGCCGGCGCUGCUAUCGCUGCCAAACCAGACUAGAACUAGUGCAGCAGGAACUGGGCUCCUGUCGCUGCGGCUACGUCUUCUGCAUGCUGCACCGUCUCCCGGAGCAACACGACUGCCUGUUCGACCACCUGGGGCGCGGGCGCGAGGAGGCCGUCCUCAAGAUGGUGAAGCUGGACCGCAAGGUCGGCCGCUCGUGCCAGCGCAUUGGGGAGGAGUGCUCCUGAUCGGCUCACGGAAUAACCAGCCAUCCUAUCACAGAUGACGCUUGUAGAGGAUGAGGAGAUGAAAGGAGAGCUAGGAGGAAUGACCAUGGGUAAGGGGGUGGGAGGGGAGGAACGCUGCUCCACAUCCUGCAUCAUCUGACCCAACCAUUCUGGAUUUGAGCUUGUGGCCAGUCCUGAUUUCCCAUCUGGAGCAUGUGUUUGGACUCUGGAUGAAGCAGAUUUGCAGAGCCACAUUCUGCAUGUUCACGAACACAGCCUUACCCCCCCCACCCAUCCAGCCGACUCUGCUGCUCCUGUCAUGGUUUCCUCCUCUCUGCUUCCCCCCGUACUGGCAGGAGGGACCGGCUCAUGAACUGUUACAGCGUUCAGCUGAAUUGAUCCACUUGGUUUCUUCUCUUCCCCCCCAUUACUUUCUCGUGGCCGGGGGUCCAGCUCUCUCCCACAGCCACUCCUCAGGUCGCCAUGCAGGGGUUGGACUAUUAAACACGUCACUCAAAACCCAUCUUCUUUUGUUUUUAUUCCACUAGUUUAGAUCCAUGCACAGCACCUUUUUUUGUUUGCUCACGCGUGGUUCCAGCAGCAACAUAUUUGUGCGGGUUUGAGUGUUUGUUUUGGUAACUUAAAGGCAGUCCGAUAAUAACGCUGUCAUGGGUUUUGUUUUUGGGUUUUUUUGGUGUGUGUGUGUCUCAUGGUGAUUAGCUGUUUUUCCUGCUUGACCGUGGUCUCGUGGAGGACAGUGCAGCCAUUCCUGCCUCUGUUCAUAUGGACUGUUGAAUAAACUAAAAAUGCAAAUAUUAAAAAAGGAGAAAAGGAAAAAAAAAAGCACUAACGGAAAAGAGUUGCUCUUAUAAAUCCUGUGUAGCAGAUCCUCUUCUACCACUUCCUCUCCCCUUUUCAGUUUACUGGCUUCUGUUGUCGGGGCGGAAAGCGGAAAAACCACCGACUGUUUGUGUUCUGUUGAAGACGUCUUUAAAAACACCAUGUAGAAAUAAAAUACAUGAACUUUCUAAGUGGUUGUUGAUCAGUGGUGAACUGAGUAUGUGAACUACUAAUUACCCUUUAAACAGUUCUGUAAUUCCUCUCACGGGUUAGGCUUAAAUUUCUUGAAAAUUUAAGAUAUCAGGCAUCUUUUUGGAAUAUAAUACUUUUAUAUAUAUCGCAGUUGAUUUUCCUACACAACUCUUAUCAAUGUUUGUGAGCUUUCUUUUAAAUCAAACAUAAAGGGGUUUAUAAUUUGUUAAUGCAGCAAACACAGGGCUGCGAAUCUCAAAUUAAGAAAAACAGCAUAAAUUGGAGAUUUCUUACUGAAAAGCAGCACUUGUUCGAUAUAGUUGAGGAAAACUGAACAAAAUGCUGGCUAAUAUAAAAAUGCUGGGACGUGCACAUGUUCCUAGGUUUAAUGAAUACUCCCAGACUCCUGUCACUUUAGCAAAGCAUAAUGCAACCAUCAUUGGUUGUCUUAAAUUUUACAACUGAUAAUCAUUUUCAGGUAUAUUUGGGGAGAAACUCAAAGCUGUGAGAGUCGUCACGGAUCAGAACUGUCUCUCGACUGUAUCAUCAUACAUAGACUUGUUUGGCUGCAGAAAUGCAAAUACCUAAGUUUUGUGGUUUCUCUAAAUGGUCCGAGUCAGUAUUUACAGUCUGGGUCACAUCUCCUUUUCUGGAAACGUCUACAGAACACGUUUUCUUUUCUCCUACUUUAUGAUUACUACUAUCUUUUUUUUUUUGUAGUUUGGGCAUUAAGCAAACGUGUGCAUUAAGAUUUUAAUUUGUAAUCUGUUUAAAACGGAUGCAGACUCACCCACAAAAUGUACUUUGCAGCAUUAUUAGAAGUGUCGUUUGUUUUAACUGUGCAUUGUUGUUUUUCAAUUUGGAGAACUGACAACGGUGAGAAAAUCUUUCCUCGAGUGUCUGGAGAGUCAAAGAGCUUGGUGUUUUUGUAACGGAGCUCCAGAAGAGUUGAUGGGGCUGAAAGCCUGUAGAACUCCACUUUACUAUGCUAAUCUUUCUCCUCCCACUUCUCCAGCAAGAACGCAGCAAAGCCUGGAAAGAGUUUGCAAAGUGUCAUGGCUGGUUCCUAUUUUGACUUUUUUUCCUUUCUUUUUUUUGAGUGCAAAUGACAAAUGGAAAAAUGAAUCUUUCUGUACCUUUUUAAAGAAAAAAAUAUUUAACCUUCUGUCAGUUUGAGUUACUUACUCCCUAGCAUAGUGUAUUUAGUUAAAUGUAUAAAUCAAGAACAUCAUUUUUUUUUCUUUAAUUUUACCUUGUUCCAUCUUCUGCCGAGGAAAAUAAACUGGAUUAGAGGAUGCAA